UAGUUAUCUGGAGAUUUUCAUAAAAGAAAGAUGAUUUUAUUAUUUUAUUAUUUAAUUUUAUGUUUAACUUUAUAUUGUAUAUUAUUUUACAUGGUCAACUGGAAGUAUAUUCUAUUUUCUUUUAAAACAAAUGGCUGGUAUAUCCCUGUCAUACCGCUCUUUGGAAAUGCCUAUAUUAGUCUUCUUAGUGGGUUUCGAGUAAACCUAAUCGCAUUUGUAAUAUGGCUACAUAAAAAUAUUGGUUUUCCUGCUACCUUGUGGUUUGGACAAGACUUUCUCUACUUUACAGCAGAUGUCAAUGAAGUCAAAACAGUGUUAAACCAUCGUAAUUGCCGAAACAAGGCUGUCCUUUACGAAAAAUUUAAACUUCUUUUUGACAAAGCUAUAAUGUUUAUUCCCCAUGAGCUUUGGAAACCUCGUCGACAACACUAUGCGCCAAAUUACAAGCCGACUAUUCUUAGGCACCAGUUGCCAGUAUUCUAUGAAAGAAGCUGUGAGAUGGUCAAGGAAUUAAGACAAAAGUCCAGUGUUCCUGAUCUGUUUAUAUUUUUUGGUGGUCAUACGUUUGUUAAUUUUUUUUUAACCAGCGUGGGAAUUGAGCCAAAUAAAGUGCUUUUAAACAUGGAAAGGUUGGCUGAACUGUUGCAAGAGGCUCGCAUUUUGGGUCACAGUCUGCAAUUUAAUCCUGCCCUUUCUGAAGGAGUGUGGCUUAAAUUCCAUCCUGAUGGAAGAGCAAUAAAAGGAGUUUUGAAUGAAAUAAAUAAAUAUAUUAACUUAACCACGGCACAAAGAAGACAACAGCACCAAGAGGACAAUUUAAACAAGGAAACGAGUCUCUUGGAUCUUAUGUUUACCCUGUUUGAGUCUGAUCCAUCGCGUAAUGAAAUAAUACCCAGAGAGCUCUUUUUCUUUCUAGCUGCUGCCACUGAUACAACUGCAUGUUCUCUUGCAUUUAUCAUGACUCUUUUGGGAAUGCAUCCAGACGUGCAGGAGAAAGUGUUUAAAGAAGUACAACGAGAGCUGGGUUAUGAGGAAAUCACUUAUGAUGGCUUAUCAAAUUUAAAAUAUACAGAAGCAGUGAUUUGCGAAUCAUUAAGAGUGCUUCCUGUAAUACCGAUAAUAGGACGUAUUUGUGAUGGUGAUCUUACACUUGGUACAAAAACACUUCCUGAAGGAACUUCGAUCAUGAUAAGCGUCUUUCACGUUCACAGAGAUCCAAAAUUAUGGCCAAAUCCAUUACAGUUUAAUCCAGAUAGAUUUUUACCGGAAAAUCAACAUUUAAUAAAACAUGGUUCAUUUUUACCUUUUUCAUUAGGUUCUAGAGAUUGUAUUGGUAAACCUCAAGCCAUGAUUGCAAUGAAAACCACUGUGGCCAAUAUUGUCAGAAAUUUGAAAAUAACCUCUAGUCAUAAGUCUAUUGAAGAAUUUCAAUUGGAUUCCUUUAUUGAUAUGAGAACAACCCAUCAGUUGGAUUGUCAUUUUACUCCAAGAACAUAAUAGGAAAUUUUUAUUUGCAACUUAUGGGUUAUGAAUUUAAAUUAAAUGUUCUAUUUAAGCAUA